CGCAGCGUAUCCGGCGCCGAUACUUCGGCUGACUGAUCCUCGGAAGUGGAAGAACCAGCGGUUUACAACGAACGAGUUUGUUUGUGUAUUGUGGAACCAGCCGGCUCAGCUUUGGCUCAGCUGACCGUGUUAUUCCGCAAAAUGUCUUUGUUUGCUUAGUUAGUUUAGUUAUGUGUUAUUUUGAAAGAUUUUGUCAACGGCUAAAUUAAAUAAUUAUAGUGGACAGGGCAGAACCUCGAAACCACUUUUACACUCUCACUCGAUCAUGUUCAGUUCAAAUAUAUCGUCAAGCUCAUUUCAAAUAAAUCACAAGUGAUGAGUCGGUGCGUUUAGAGAUCUGACCGUCUAAGAAUUGGAAGAACAGAAAGGUAGCCGGCGACAACAGUUUCGAGGGUUCACCUACAUUGAGGUAUGGACAAAAUGGAGACAUUAUACAAGCUCACUGUUCAUGAGCUAAAAAAUGAGCUGUCAAGAAGGGGCAGAGCCUGCAAGGGUAUUAAGAAAGACGUUUUAGUGAGUCGUUUGAAAGAUGUUUUGGAAUCGGGAGGCACUACCGUGGCUGAUUUUCUCACUGAGUUCAAUGCAUCAAAAGCUGCUGAUCUUGCUGAAUUUACCCGUGGCCUCACUAGUAGAUCUAGAGACAAUUUAGGAUUUAAUACUGUAGCUCCAGAGAAAGACUGUGCUCCUGAUAAGCCCUGCAAGGAUGCUGGUAUAAAUGUCAAUGACAGUCAGGAGGCUGCUGAGGCUCAGGGGUUUGACACGAGAGAUGACAACCACAAACGAGCUGCGUCUGAGGUAGCCAGCUCUAUUGUGUCAAUCGGGUCUACCUCAUCGAGGCACUCCUCUUGUUCGCGCGCUUCUGUGUCGUCACUGAGGGCAAGGGAGCAGGCGAGGAAGGCAGGUCUCCGGGCAAGGAUCGACAUGCUGAAGGAGAAGCAGAAGUUGGAGGAGCAAGCAGUGGCGCAAGCAGUGGCAAUGAAAAUGAAGAAGGAAGAAUUUAAGCUACGCAUGGAAAUCGCAGAGGCUGAAGCAAGGGAGCAGGUCUUUGCCGAAGAAGAAACGUCGGUCGAUGCAAGAACAAGUCAACCACAUCUGGUAAGAUCUGCAUCACUCAUAAGCCAUGCAGCAUAUGACAACGAACAUGAAGAGAGUACAGCCAUAGUGGCAUGCAAGGAAGAAGCUAGAAGGUGGGAUGUAGAAGGAGAAGAGGCCAGAGAAAAACAAUUCUCCCAAGAAUGAUAACAGGGAAGGAGACACGCUGAAGGAAGCUGGAGAAGAAAGAAGCAUGGAUCAACGACAGGUGAGCAGUGAGACGUACCAACAUGUCGACACCACACAGGCACUCCUGACCCACCUCCAGAGAGGACAGUUACCGAAUGUCGAAAUUCCAGUGUUUAGCGGAGAGAUAACAAAAUACCGAUCCUUCAUCCGGGCCUUUGAAAGUCGCAUUUUGUCGAAAACCGAAGAUGACGAGGAGAAGCUGUUUUUCCUUGACCAGUACACCCGAGGAAAACCACGAGACGUUAUAAGAGGCUGUUUGCACAUGUCACCUGGUGCAGGAUAUCGGGAAGCUAGACGGCUGCUAGAGCAGAGGUAUGGAGACGACGACUCUAUCACGAAUGCAUUCGUCGACAUGCUCAUGGAGUGGCCCCUGGUGAAGCCUGGGGACGUAGAGAGCUUGGAUAGAUUCGCAUUGACGCUCAGGUCCUGCCAUAACGCAAUGGGUGGAAUCACAUCAGAAGGGAGGGAAACCGACCACCCGAAGACGAUGCGGAGAAUACUUGGGAAACUUCCGUAUCAGCUGCAAGACCAGUGGCGCCGUUUGGCUGACAGGAUUCAAGAGGAAGAGAGGAGAAAGGCUAGGUUUGAAGACAUCGUCAACUUCGUGGAAAAGGAAGUAAGAAUACAAACCAAUCCAAUGUUUGGACGUCAACACAACAGCAAGAGCGGUGAGCUUGACGGUUCACGGAAGAACGUUCAAACCGUGUCGGCGACAGUCGUCGGAGCAGAUUCUGGACGUCAUCAGACCUCGCGAGUGUGCUUGUUCUGCUCCAGAGACCAUUGGCUAGACCAGUGUGAUGACCUUAGAACUUUGGCGCCUCAUGAGAAGAACAAAUUCAUCAGAGAGAAGGGUCUUUGUUAUGGGUGCUUGGGCAAGGGCCACCUGGUUAAGGAAUGCGCAAAAAGAAGAACAUGCACGAUCUGCAAGAUGCGGCAUCCUACAGUGAUGCACAACAGAUCACCGUCAUUGCCUGGAGACAUGGCAUCGAACGACGAGCUGAAGCAGUGGACUUACCUGCAGGACAUCCAGCUGACAAGAAUCGACGCUGAGGUUGGCCUGUUGAUUGGUAGCAACUGUCCUGAAGUGCUCCAGCCCCUGGAG